CGCGUGCUUCCUCACCCUCGGGAGAGUGCCAAAGGUGGUGAUUCGGCCCGUCACUGGGACAAAUGUGAGGAGUUUGCCUGGGUGUUUGCCCAAUGCGAGUGAAAAGUUGACACUUCGCUCCUCGCGAGUGUCGUGUGUGUGCGUGAGAGAAGAGAGACUGAAGGGAAAAACGCUCAAUAUUUGGGAUCUUUUGUGAAGUUUUGCUGGAUCUCAGGUGUUCUCAGGUGCCCAUAGCAUCCCCACCGACAGCGUGACAGCAACAAAGAUCAUCACAAACAGAGGCACAUACUGCCGUUGGAUUGGCGAGAAGGCCACACACACACACGCCCUGUCCUCCGCAGCCCCCAGAGUGACUCCCACAGGGACGACGAGGCCACGGACGUGAUGUACGGAAUGACACAGACCACCGCCAUUCCCUCCAGCAGUCCCAGCUCGGGGCCCUCCGGCCUGCUGCCCAUGGUCCGGAAGGUGCGCGCCCCGGUGACACCCAUCCGCGGCGCGCCCCCGCCGAUGGCCAGACCCCAAGGCAGUCUGCACUCGUUCAAGGGGCAAAAGUGGAGCUCCUUUCCCGAGAGUGCUGACACGCUCAGGGACGCGGAGCGCAGAGGCGACGAUCGAGAAGACGUCGGAGGCAGCGUGAUGCGUCUGGACAGUAGAGAGAUGUCGAUCUACGGGGUGUGUCCGGAGACUGAUCGCUUCACGGCUGUCGUGUGUCACUAUUGUGGCAUUGUGGUGAAGCCUCAAGCCCUCAAAUCCCACAUUCGACGUCACGCCGCCGAUCCUGCAAUUGCCACUGCCCUUCAGGCUGUUGCAUGGACAGAUCACACAGAAAUGGAGGAGAAUCAACUGAAACCGCCGCUGGCAGUGAAUCACGUGAAGGGUUCCACGGUUUCGUUGUUGGCUGAGGGAUUGGAGGUGCGUGAUCCUGGGAGUUUGAUGUCUUUCAAAGGGCAGAAGUGGACGACAUUUCUCAGAAGCGUGGAUCAGACGCGAGAAGCUGAGAGGAAAGCUGAAGAUCGAGCCGAUGGCGGAGGAAGUGUUAUUAGUCUGGAUGGGACGGAACUGCCAGUGGAGGUGGAUCGCUUCACGGCGGUUGUCUGUCACUUCUGUGGCAGUGUUGUUAAGCCUCAGGCUCUGCAGGCGCACAUGAAUCGUCACGCCACGGACUCGGCUGAGGUGCAGGUGAUGUGGACAGAGGGAAAGCCCUGGACCGAAGGGGAUGGGGCGGAAGAGGUGUCGACAGGGUGUCUGGACAGUCAGUUGAAGCCACCGAUGACGGCAACGGCGUGCAUGUCGAGUGGCUUGACGAUACUGCAACACGGCACGAGUCCUUCCAAAGGCACCACGGCGCCUUCGCACCCGGACAGCAUUGAGACGCUGGACAGUCUCCUGCAUUCGGACAAUUUGAUAUCGAACACAGUGAAGGCUUCGGUGGUGCGGAGAGGUGGCACUGGGAGAGGUCGUGGCCGACAGGCGGGGGCGAAGGAGAGGGAAUAUGAUCCGGACAGACAUUGUGGGGUUCCUGUGGAAUCUGGGAAGCCAUGCACGAGAACACUGACUUGCAAGUCUCAUGCAUUAUCGCUAAGGAGACAAGUAACAGGCCGAACGGUGCCGUUUGACAAGCUACUGCUGGAGCACAGAAAUUCCAGGGCAGCGAGAUCACGCACAAGUGUGAGCGGUGUUCAGCCAGAUGCAGACUCUAGCAAUUCCUCCUCCAGCUUCGACAUCGAGCGGAAGAGUUUGAGUGGAGCAUCGAAUUCCAAUUCGAGUUGUGGCGCAGCUCUGAUGGAAUCGCCGCUCAGGCAUGGCGAAGAUGUGGACGAGGAGUCACCACAAAUGCAUAUUAAGCUCACCGAUUGUUCGGUGACACUGAACAAACUCAAGAGGGAGCACACGAUCAGUAAUUUGGGCGGUAAGGCGAAGAGGAAGCCUCCGGUUCCACCUAUUCAGGAGGUUGUGACUGAAGCGCCGCCAGAGACUCUGUUGAGCAUCAGCCAAGCACCGGAGCAGCAACUCACCGUGACGGUGCCCCUGUCGAUGAUCAGUGUGAUGAAUUUGAGUGCGUCUGGACAAAUUUCCCAGCCUUCGGUUGACACGAGUCUCUUCACACUGUCCAAUCGUGCUCGGCGGGAAGUGCAGCGUUCGAAGCUGCAUCUCCUGAGGCGGCAGGGCGUGAAGGAAGAGCCUGAAGUCACACCUGAUCCCACUGAGGAGUUCCCGGACAUUGACACGUGGCACAGCGCAAUUCCACGCCCGUGUCAGGUGAAUUGCAUGAGAUUGAGACGCAUAGGAGGCGGCAGCAUCUUGUCCAGGCGCUUCUACAACUUCCGAAAAGCUCUGCUUGCCAACAUGUCCACCAGCAUGGCCACAACGCCGGGCCAGGCGACAAACAGCGGCGGCGCGAGUGUGGGCGCCGUGGCGAGUCUCCUGAGCAGCCGAAGUGGCGUCGGGAGUGCGGCCAAGCACACGGGCUACCUGGACAAGGUGAACUUCUCCGGCGAGAGGAUAAAGGUGUAAAGAAUGCGACUUAAGGAAUUGUAUAUCGUUAGGAAUUUCAUAGUUUCGAAAAAAAGGCCGGAAAAUACUGAACACAGCGAGAUGAAAAAGAACCCUUUCUCAAUUUAUUUAUUCUUUAUUUUAGUUAAUUGUAGUAAUAUAUUUUUUAUCCACUCUUUUGCCCAAAUAAGAAGAAUGUCACACAGAAAUAUAUAAUUUUAUUUUUAAAAUUUUAGCCGGAAUGCGACUAUGAAUUGUUAAUGAAAAUAAGCGGGGACCGUUUAAAGGAGGAAGAAACAUAAGAAUGAUAGAUAGUUGAGCUAUUUAAUUUGGAAAGGAGAGACAAAAAGUAGUUUUUUUUAUAGUAAAUAAUAUUAUAACGUGAGAACACAAUAGACAAGGAUGAAAAAUAGACUGUGAGUGUAUGUAAAAUUACUGGAAAGAGAGCAACAAUGUGGCGUGUAUGAUAGGCAAAAUAGACCAGCACGAUAAUCAAUUGCGGAAAAAUUUUAGUUUGAUAUUAAUUUCAAUUUGUAAAUCAAUUUAAUUGUAGAUUAUUCGUUUUUUUUUAAGUAACUCUACUAUUGUAUAAUUCUUACUUUCUCAAGUCACACAAUGAAAGCGCGCGAGUGAAGGAAAAUCUCUAAAGUAAAUUUUCUCUAGUGCAGUAUUAAAAAAGGAAAAAAAGUGUUGAAUGUUCAUGACAAAAAAAAUACCCUGAGAUCAGCCAAAAUAAAUUAUCGACAAUGCUUAUUAAAUCUCUGGAAAUUUUUAUUUAUUCUUUACUCUUUGCAU